AAUUUGGCACCAAAACCGUGGCCGUCUUGAAGUGCAGUUUCAAUGAAACCGAAGCAGAUAUCAAUGCCACUAUUGACUUGUUGAGUGUGUUUGGUAGCCAACAAAUCACCAGAUGUCUAACGGCUGCUAUUCCCAUAAUUUGUGACGUCAUAUAUGAAAAUUGCAAUGGCAGCGGUCGUUUUCUAACACGAGCAGACUGUUUGAACGUAAAGGAUGGAGUUUGUAAGGGUUACUGGGAUUUGGCGGCUCGUUUCAUUAGUAAUUCCCCUAAUAUUGGAAGAUGUCUAACCGUUCCUGACUGUGAAAGUGAAAUUUUUACAGAAAGGAAAAUCGAUAAAAGGCUUUCACUUGAGCCAGAUGAACCAUCCGAUGUUACUCCGACUCUUACAUCUACCAACACAUCAAAAAGUGUUUGUCAAAAACCUCUAAUUCCAGUUGAAAUCUACAAUUCUCGUUUUCCUUCUAAUUGUUCUCCUGCGUGUCUGGCUGAUAACUGGGGCACCGAAUCGGAACUUGUCGCACUCGACGCCAGUUUGAUUUUUACUGUAGUUUUCACGUGGACAUGUUGCGUCAUCACGUUUAUCACGUGGGCUGGCGUACCGCAACUACGACGUUUUCCUGAAAUUACUCCAUUGUUUCUUGGUCUCGCUUUUGCAAUCGCAGUGUCAGGUAUUACAGUGAUAGUAACUGUUGGACGUCAUGCAGCCUUUUGUAGUCACGAAGACAUGUUUUCUGCCAUAACUGAUCCAACUAUAAUAUGCCAAGUGCAAGGUACUUUACUUCAUUUCGGAAUGCUCUCAGUCGCAAUGUGGUGGUUCUUCUACAUUUUCAACGUCUUCCUUCUUGUCUAUUCUACAUCCACGACCAACCUUAUCUACAACUACUCAAUCAAGUUAUUCUGCAUUGAACUUUUGGCAUCUAUUGCGGUACCGACCAGCAUGGUGAUAACCGUCUUUGCAGUUGACGGUAAAUACAGCACAUUCGGCGUGCAAGUGGCAUUGUGCAAUCCUCCUACCCCUCGUCUAAUGUACUAUACUUACUCAUUGCCAUUGCAAAUUGUUUUCUUGUCUGGCUGCAUAUUGAUGGCGCUGGUGAUCGUCCGGCUACGAAAGGCUCAAGCUUUCAGAGAGUCGUGCCUCAGCAACGCCGCGUCCCGCACGCAGAAAGCGAUCGAGAAACGUUUUCUUCUCGUCGUCAUCGUCGUCCCGCUCUGCUUCGGCGCAAUCUUCACGGGUACCACUGUCUACGAACGAUUGUCGAUGAGAAUAAUUGCCGACUACUUUGAUUAUGUCUACUGUCUCCACAAACAUCCCGACGACCACUCACUUUGUGCAGCAGACUUCCGCAAGUACGGCUACAUCAUCGCGUGUCUAAUCGGCUUCCUCCUUUUAAAUGUGCAAAUUUUUGUCGUGUUGGCCUCUACCAUCAUGCCUCGACCUGCGCGCCGAUUUUGGCGCGAUCGUUUGCUCACUCUUGUGCGAUGCUGUCGCACGAAAACCAAUCGGUAGAGGAAAUCGCGUCGAAGACACAAGUGAGAGGUUUGAGCCUUUGACUUGUGAACCGUGAUUGGCUCGAAUCGAUAGGAGAUGUGGUAGUCUUGUUAGUUCGCGUUCUAGUUUGUCUUUUUGGUGUAAAGUAGAUAGUCCCCCAGAAAACUAGCGAAAAGCGAUUGCUUUCGUUGCAUCCUCCAAUACGAAUAACAUUUGACUGUUUAUCUGUACUUCAGAGAGUUUCAGUUCAACAGCUUCUUCGUUCUCGAUGCAAAACUGCCCUACAGUGGAAUCGCUUAUCUGCUGACGAGU